AUGUCGAUAUUCGUAGCGCAAAGACACUACGAUCAUAUAAUGUCCGCACCAUUUCAAAAGGCUAUUAUGGACCACAAUCGUAAUUUGGGCAGAGACAAGUGGGUGGCAGUGGGACGCGUAUUGACGCCUAACGAGCGUGAGGACUAUGACACUGGAUGUGCCUUAAAAAGACUUAUACUUGCCAAAUUGCGUCAAGAACGUGUCAGUAAUCCCAAGUUACACAUCCCUUUUAUCAUAGUCGACAAACGUAGUCUUCGUCUGCGCAUAGACAAGGAAUAUGUUAUGCUCGACGAUGCUACAGCCCGCUAUGGAAUUGCAGCUGAAGCAGUGACCGAAGAUCGUGCCCGUCAUAAUCGCGUUAAUACACCAACGGACAGGAGGGCCGGAAGUAAACGACCAGGUCCCUCCUUUGAGGGGCCAGGUAAUAAGCUACCCCGUAACUAG